AUGGGAAAUAAAGUUAUUGAUGUUGGUAAAAAUGUACUAAAAGAACAAAAUCUUAAUCAAAACCCCUUGGUUAAAAAUAACAAACAGUUGAAAAAAAGAAGAAAAAAAAAGUUGGUGAUAUAUAAGAAAGAACCAAAUUUUAGUAACUUAAAAAAUCACUACGAAAAUAAACUUGACAUAUCAGUACAAAGUUUAUUUAAAAAAAAAGUCAGCAAAAAUACAAAAAAUCUGAAAUUAAACAAUUUACAAAAUGCUUUGUUUAACAGUACUACUAAAAUUGAAAAUGUCCAGGAAGCAAAAUUAAGAAGAUCACUUAGAAUUUUAAGCAAAAAAAAAAGUGUAAAUAUUGAGUCCCUGAUUGGGGAAAAUAACUAUACUAUAAGCAAUAGUAGCGACGAAGGCAACAAUAGUUACAAUAGUGAUAAAUAUCAAACCAAUGAAGAAACAAAAGAGAAAAAUAGUACUAAAAAUUUAACCAUGAUACUACGUGAAAAAAAAUUGAGUACUAAUAAUUUUAGCGAAAAAAAAAAAGUUGCUUUAACUUCUGAAAACCUUGCUAAAUUACAGGACAGUAUCUGUGCGAUUGAAAAUGAUAUGUAUUUCAAUGGACCCAAUAAUGAUUUUUUUUGUAAGCACCUUCCUUGUGGUAGAUUGCUCGAAGCUUUGAAAACUAGUUAUAGUGCUGUUAGAAAUUGUAUAUUAUUCGAAAUGGAUAUAUAUGAAGACUUGCUGCAUUUACGACUGGGAAAUUUUAGGCAGAUGUGCUUUUUGCCAUAUGUAUACAAUAAAUUGCUUAUUGGAAGUAACGAUAAAACUAAAGUGAAAAGAAUGUGGAAUAUCAAACCAACAAUAAUUGAAAAUAUCACAGCGCUAUCACAGCCUAUAGAAAUGAUACUCAUUCCAACUAUAGAAGAGGUUAAUAAUUUUUUCCUUCAAAAACGAAAAGAAAAAAAAGAGUCUCAUCAUAAUAAAUCUCAGCUAUUAGAAUGUAGUGGUAUUGAAGCUUCUCCUUUAGAAACAAUGCCAGAAAAUGGUAAAGGUGGGAGCCUUUUCCCACAAAGAACAAAGUUGAAUUGCAGAAAGGAAAUUAAUUUAUUUGAUAAAAAUUUUAAUAGCAAUGAAAUAUUGCUUGAUUCAACUUCUUUAUCCGAUGCCGAUAGUGGAAAAUUGGGUCAAAAAGAUAAAAAUGAUGUUAUGGAACCAGAGAAAUCUAUUGAUAACAAGGAAUCUGUCUUGAUCAAGAAAUUAACUAAUUAUCCUAGCAAGCAAUAA